GCCGGGCUUCACUGCUAGCGGAGCGCGAGCGAGCGAGGGACCUCGCGGGGAGCCCAGCCGCCAGCAUGACGACCGAGCAGCGGCGGAACCUGCACACCUUCGGGGACUAUGUCAGGAAGAUCCUGGACCCUACCUACAUCCUGAGCUACAUGGCCCCCUGGUUUAGGGACGAUGAGGUGCAGCACAUUCAGGCUGAGAAAAACAACAAGGGCCCGAUGGAGGCUGCCUCACUUUUUCUGCAGUUCUUACUGGAGCUCCAGGAGGAAGGCUGGUUCCGUGCCUUUUUGGAUGCCCUUAACCAAGCAGGUUAUUCUGGACUUUAUGAAGCCAUUGAAAGUUGGGAUUUCCAAAAAAUCGAAAAGUUGGAGGAGUAUAGAUCACUUUUAAGGCGUUUACGACCAGAAUUUAAAACCACGAUUAAUCCAAAAGAUAUCCUUCCUGAAAUAUCUGAAUGUUUAAUUAGUCAGGAAUGUGAAGAAAUUAUGCAGGUUUGUUCCAACAAGGGGCUGAUGGCAGGUGCAGAGAAAAUGGUGGAAUGUCUUCUCAGAUCAGACAAGGAGAACUGGCCCAAAACUUUGAAACUUGCUUUGGAGAAAGAAGAGAGCAAGUUCAGUGAACUGUGGAUGGUGGAGAAUGGUGCAAAAGGUGUUGAAAUGAAAGAUCUUGAGGAUGAUGAAACGAAGACUUUCGAUGUACAGAUUUUCUACAAGGAAGAACCAGAAAACCAGAAUCUUAGUCAGAAUUCUCAUCCCUCUUCAGAAGCGCCUCAUAUUUACAGCCCAGUGAAGCCAAGAAAUUACCAACUAGAGCUCGCUUUACCUGCUCAGAAAGGAAAAAACACAAUAAUAUGUGCUCCUACUGGUUGUGGAAAAACCUUUGUUUCACUUCUUAUCUGUGAACAUCAUCUUAAAAAAUUUCCACAAGGACAAAAGGGGAAGGUUGUCUUUUUCGCUGUUCAGCUCCCAGUGUACGAGCAGCAGAAGUCUGUGUUCUCACAACAUUUUGAAAGACUUGGGUACAAAGUUGCAGGCAUUUCUGGAGCAACAUCUGACAAUGUCUCCGUGGAACAGAUUGUUGAGAACAAUGACAUCAUCAUUUUAACUCCACAGAUUCUUGUGAACAGUCUUAAAAAUGGGACUGUUCCAUCACUCUCUGUGUUUACUUUGAUGAUAUUUGAUGAAUGCCACAACACCAGUAAACACCAUCCUUACAACAUGAUCAUGUUCAAUUAUCUAGAUCAGAAACUUGGCGGAUCUUCAGACUCACUGCCCCAGGUCGUUGGGCUGACUGCCUCGGUUGGCGUCGGGGAUGCCAGAAACACAGCUGAAGCCACAGAGUAUCUCUGCCAAUUAUGCGCGUGUCUUGACACAUCAGUGGUAGCAACAGUCAAAGACAACUUGGAGGAACUGGAGGAAAUGGUCUAUAAGCCCCAGAAGUUUUUCAGGAAAGUGAAAUCACCGACUGCCAACAGAUUUAAAAGCGUCAUAUCUCAGCUGAUGUUGGAGACCGAGGGUCUGGCAAAGAGUAUCUUUGAAGAACUUGGUGCCAUAAGUCUCGAAAACUUAUUUCAAAUUCAAAAUAGGAAGUUUGGAACACAGAAAUAUGAACAGUGGAUUAUUGCUGUUCAGAAAGUGUGCAUGUUGUUUCAGAUGCCAGACAAAGAUGAAGAGAGCAGGAUUUGUCAAGCACUGUUUCUGUACACAUCACAUUUGCGGAAAUACAAUGAUGCCCUCAUUAUCAGUGAACAUGCACGCGUGAAAGAUGCUCUAGAUUACUUGAAAGACUUCUUCACAAAUGUCCGAGCAGCAGGAUUUGAUGAGAUCGAGCAAGAUCUCACUCGGAGAUUUGAAGAAAAGCUGCAGGAACUAGAAAGUAUUUCAAUGGAUCCCAGCAACGAGAACCCUAAACUCGAAGACCUCUGCUUCAUCUUGAAAGAGGAGUACCACAUAAAUCCAGAGACCAGAACCAUCCUCUUUGUGAAAACCAGGGCUCUUGUGGAUGCUUUAAAGAAAUGGAUUGAAGAAAAUCCUACUCUCAGCUUUCUAAAACCUGGCAUAUUGACUGGACGUGGCAAAACAAGUCAGAACACAGGAAUGACCCUCCUAGCGCAGAAGUGUGUAUUGGAUACAUUCAGAACCAACGGAGAUAACAAAAUUCUGAUCGCCACCUCGGUUGCUGACGAAGGCAUCGACAUUGCUCAGUGCAAUCUGGUCAUCCUGUAUGAGUAUGUGGGCAAUGUCAUCAAAAUGAUCCAAACCAGAGGCAGAGGAAGAGCAAGAGGGAGCAAGUGCUUCCUUCUGACUAGUAAUGAUGAUGUAAUUGAAAAAGAAAAAAUAAACAUAUACAAGGAAAAAAUGAUGAAUGACUCCAUUGUAAACGUGCAGACAUGGGAUGAAGCAGCAUUUAAAGAAAAGAUUCACCAGAUACAGAUUCAUGAAAAGUUCAUCAGGGAUAAUCAAGGAAAAGCAAUGCCUGUGCCUGAUAAGAAAAAUAAAAAACUGCUCUGCAGAAAAUGCAAAGCCUUUGCAUGUUAUACAGCUGAUAUAAGAGUGGUGGAGGAAUGCCAUUUCACCGUGAUUGGAGAUGCUUUCAGGGAGCGCUUUGUGAGUAAGUUACACCCCAGACCGAAGAACUUUGGGAGUUUUGAGAAGAAAGCAAAGAUAUUCUGUGCCAGGCCGAACUGCAGCCAUGACUGGGGAAUCCACGUGAGGUAUAGGGCAUUUGAGAUUCCAGUUAUAAAAAUUGAAAGUUUUGUGGUAGAGGAUGUUGAAACAGGAGUUCAGAUGCUCUAUGCAAGGUGGAGGGACUUUCAUUUUGAGAAGAUACCGUUUGAUGCUGCAGAAAUGUCCAGAUGUGCUCAGGACCUCAGUCUUCAGGGAAUGGGUGACCUGGAGUGAAGAAGACACUAGACCCAGCAGGUAAAUCAUGGCUCACCUGGACCACUGUCAAGAUCUCUUGCCUAAAGGCUUGUUCCGUCCUGAGUGUCCAUCACGUACGUAACUGCUGAUGUUUUCAGCAGUUUGCACUCUAUCAUUAUGUAAAGCACGGGUGAAUGGAUCACAACACUAAAUGCUCUGUAGGCCAGUAGCGCUCCCAGCACUUGGGAAAAAUGAAAAAGCCUUAACGUGUUUCUCUCCUUCCCUUCCCUGCCAGCGUACACCCAUGGCCACUCAGCACACACUAGAAUAAAUGGAUGAGGGCAUGGAAUGUUGGAAGGUUUUCCUUGCUUCCCUUUCUUUCCUUCAUCUACUGUGAGCUGGCUCUUGCCCUUAACAAUCUACUGAAAUUGUUCUUGUCAAGGUCACCAGUGGCUCUGGUUGCUAAAUCCAGCGGGUAAUUAGUCCUUCUCUGACCUCUGUGCUCCUUUUGGCCCUGUUGAGUACUCCUUUCUUGGGACUCCCUCUCAGCCUGUAUCUUCUAGCUGUAUCCCAGUCUUUUCUGUUGGCUCCUCCUUGCUGAUCCCUUACAUGUUGGUAAUUCCAGAGGUUCAACGUAUAUACACAUACAUAGGCAUCGUAGUCACAUAUAUGCAUGUUCUCCAGGUAGUAACGUGUGGCGUCUAAUCUCACAAUUCUAUAGUGGACGACGUUUAGUACUGUAAGCACGUAAAUGAUACAGCACUCCUUAAAGCUGACUUCUGUUCUUUUAGUUUAUUGUACCUCUUGCCGGAGUAAUUCAUUUUCUUAACCUGUGCCGCUGUUCCAUUUGAAUGGUCAUCCCCAGCCACUUUCCAGUAAUAGUUGAUCAUGUGGCCUUAACAUUUGGUCCACAUCUGGACUCUGCUCUCAAGGAGGUUUCUUGGUUGGUAUGAUGAGGCAGUUUAAUUUGGCCGUCCUUUCUAUGUAAAAAAUUAGAAUAUGUAUCCAAAUGGCAUUCCUGUGUCAUUUAACAAGGUUUGCUGACACCGCAGAGCUUCCUUUGGGGUUUCCCAGACUUAGAGACAACUACCUGAGUUUUGCUGUCUCCAUCCAGACUGGGGUGUCUUAUGUCCAGUUCAGGGUCGGCGCUAUAGUAAUUUAAGCAUCUUCCCCAAACAGAUUCAGAUGAGCUGUUUGUGAUUCACUAGGACCAUCUUAUGGCUUAAACAAACCUCCAAACGUCAUAAGAUGUUAAUAUGCUCAGCAUAUGUGAUCGCAUGACUCUUUUAAAAUAGCACCUAUUUACAUCUGAAGGCUGUUUGGUGUCCAAGAGACCACCCAGUCCACCCAGACCAAUCCUAGAGCUCAGUGGGGUGACACUACAGCCACCUCAUUCUCCUCUCCAUCUGAUGAGCGGGUGUGCACACUGAGAAUCAGAGAAUCUGCCAGUUACAUAACUUCUCAUUGACUUAGUUUUCUUUAUCUGUAAAAAGGAUAAUACAUACCUGUAACUUAGUUUUCUUUACCUGUAAAACAAGGAUAAUACAUACCUGUAAGGGUUAGUGGAGAAUUUUUAACUGACAUUACAUAGAAGUACUUGAUAUAUAUUGGUUACUUGAUAAUGGUUACUAGUGGGAGUAUUAAGUAAGACAAUAAAAAUGGAUUAUGUAAGCCAA